UCAACGCGAUGGCGGCCACGCCAGUGUGCGUGGUUUUCCUAAAUUAUUAUUUUAAUCGUUUUUUUACAUAUAUAUUCGCGACUCGUGCAAUCGCGUGCAAUAGCAACAUUAGCAGGUUAGCGUUGUUGUUUCCCGACCACCGACUCGGAACUCCGCCUCCUGUGGGGGUGGGGGGGGGGGUGGGGGUGAGGUCAGCAGCCGCCUAACGUGAGUCAACCUCGGGCAAAGCAACGCAGCAGUCAUCGCCGCCACCGUCGUGCACGGACCGAGCGACUCUCCCCGCCGCCCGUCCACAUCCUGCGCGUUCGUAACAUGACACAACACACGGUGUCGCCCAUGAAUGAGGGACUCAAAUUUCGAGACCUGGAAGAGGAAGCUGUUUUGCCGUUGAUGUUUUGCUGUCGUUCAGGCCUUUGCUUUUGUGACUCCAUCAGGAAAAAGAACAAUUAGCGUUUUCUGAACAUUUUUUUUGUUCCCCGACGCCGGCUUUUUAAUGCUCGCCAUGAGCGUACCGGCCCAGCAGAAACCUGGCGCAAAACGAACGGGCAAGCGCAUCACGUUUUUUACCGAUCCCACCGGAGCCAUGAAGGAGAUCGGCCAGCUUCCCGAAGGGUCCUACUACAUCCAGGGCGGCGGCGAACCCGGGAAAUCCGAGGCGGGGAGCGGUGUGGUGUCUCAUCCGGAGGGCCACCGCGUGUACCUAAACUCGGUCAUCUUUAGCCCUGACAAGGGCGACCAGAACAGGGGUCACUAUCAGCAGACGGUGCCUAUGAAGUGGGCCCACCAGGAGUCCGGUCAGCAGCAGCAAAGGGCCGCCACCUGGACCACUAUGGCCAACUGGGGACAGAACUUUGGCAACUACUUGACUGACUCCAGGAAUCAGACUGCGUUUGUGAAGCCCACGCAAGAAACUGGAGACAAACCUGGAGACAAGCAGCAGGCAGUUCCUGACCAUGCAGCGGAUGUAUACCGAGACGUCGUUAAGGCGAGGGGCCUGGAGUGGGACCCCCAGCAGCUGCAGUCCCAGGCCUUUCAGGAGACCCUGAAACCCGGGGCGCUGAACCCACAGGCAAACAGCGCGGCCCACCCGGCGGGGAGUUCGGUCCUGCAACCGUUUCAGUUGGCCUUCGGGCAGCCCCGGCAGCACCUGCCCGCCUAUUACCAAAGCUUCCAAGGUAACACCAGGUUGCCCAACCCGCCCAACUACACCGUACAGGCCAAGCCCCCCCAGCAGCAGCCGCCGCAGCUACAGCGGCAGAACCUCAUCCAGCAACAACUUCAGCAGCAGCAGAUCAUUCUCCAGCAGCAGCAGCAGCAGCAGCAGCUCCAAUUGCAACAUCAGCAGUUGCAACAACAAAGCCAGCACGUGCUCGACUACUACCCUCCCAACACGCACUCCCACCCGCAGCUCGUGCACUCCCAGGAGCCCACGUUGGCGGCCGCUCCCCCCAAAAUCCAGGACAUCACCCCGGAACCGCAGUCAUCGGACCCGCCGCCGCUUCCCGCUCUUCUGCCGGAUCCCUUGUCCCAGGCGCAGAAUCUCCGCAGGUCGCGGCGCCUCUCCAAGGAAGGCGGCGCGCCGUCGGACGACAACCCCUUCCCGGGCGACCCGGCCAUGCAGGGCACUCAAAACGGCGACUUCCUGGCCGCCCCGACGGGCGUCAUCCAGAGCACGCCGCGGCGGAUGCGCAGGGCGUCGCAGGAGGUCAACCUGGAAACGCUUGCGCAGAAAGCCUCGGAGAUGGAGACGCUGCCGUCGCAGGGCGUCAAGCAGGAACCGCACAGGCCUUGGAGUCCGCCGCAGCCGGGCGGCCCGAGCGCGAAGCGGCCGCGGGACGACGGCCUGCUCCCGCUCGUCAUCCCCGUGUCGGUGCCGGUGCACCGGCUGGACCUGUCGUCGCGAACCGACCGCGACGGCGCGGCGCCGACAGGCGACUGGCCGCCUCCGCCGCCGCCCAGGCCCCCCAACGCUCCGGAGGUCGAGCGCAAGCCGUCGGUCAUCGUCACCCGCCGGCGCUCGUUGAGGAACUCGCUGACGGAGGGUUCAGAGCAGAACGACAACGUGAAAAAGCUGAAGCGGCGGCCGCGCCCGGAGCCCCUCUUCAUCCCGCCGCCCAAACCCGGCGCGUUCAUGGCGCCCCCCGCCGCCGUCUACUCGGCCGUCACCCCGUACCAGAGCCACCUGCGCUCGCCCGUCCGCCUGGCCGACAACCCGCUGGCCGUGCCGCCCUACACGCCGCCGCCCAUCCUCAGCCCUGUGCGCGAGGGCUCCGGCCUCUACUUCUCCACCUUCCUGUUGUCCUCGGCCGCCGGGGGGCCGGCGUCCGUCACGCCCAAGUCGGCCACGCGCAGCCUCCUCUGCUCAAAUAGCUCCGACAUGACUCCUCCGGUUCUGUCUGCCGUCAGCGAGCCCACUCCAGUCAGCAUCGAGCCACGGAUAAACCUGGGGUCGAGGUACCAGGCGGAGGUGCCGGACCUGAGGCCGCGCUCCCUGGCGGAGCUGGACACCCACGGGGCGGAGCUGGUCUGGGCUCCCCUGCCCGAGCUGGACGACAAGCCGGACUACCACAAAAGAGUCAAAGACCUGAUCCACCUGGCAUGUUCCAGCGCUUUGUGCGGAGGAGGCAGCAACCAGGAGCUGGCCCACCAUUGUCUGCACGAGUGCAACGGCGACGUCACGGCCGCUUUAUCGCUGCUCAUGCUGAGAGAUCCCGUGUGGCCCGAGUCGCAUUCGCUGUCCAACUACCACUACUCAGGAUCGGAUCGGUGGUCCGCAACCGAGCGACGUCAGUUCAACAAAGGCAUGGCCGCCUCCAAGAAGGACUUCUUCAUGGUGCAGAAGCAGGUCAGCACCAAGACGGUGGCGCAGUGCGUGGAGUUUUACUACUCGUACAAGAAGCACGUCAAAGUCGGCCGCAACGGGACGCUGAUCUACGGAGAGGCGACGGCUCCGGACGGCGGCGCGGCCGAGGACGAAACCAACCCAAAUAAGGCCUCGCUCAGGCUGCAGCAGCGGGAGGAGGACGGCAGGAAGUGGGAAGGCUCAGCCGACAGGAAACAGGACGUCGGUCCCGCCGGGGCGGCGCACGCGCUGCCGUCUGCCGACAACACCACCACAGUCCUGAUCAUGAGGGCACAGGAGGACGUCGUGGCCAGGGAUCGAGCGCCGCCCCCGCCCCCGCCCAAGACCGGCCCCCCGACGGGCAACAAGGGCGCCGGCGCCCCGGAGGGAGAGUUCCCCUGCAAGAAAUGUGGCAGGGUCUUCUUCAAGGUGAAGAGCCGCAGCGCUCACAUGAAGAGCCACGCCGAGCAGGAGAAGAAGGCCGCCGCCCUGCGCCAAAAGGAGGCGGAGGACCGGGCCCGCGCCGCCGCCGCCCAGGCCCGGGCCACCGCGUUCACGGCCGCCCGGCACCAGAACGGCACGCGGCAGGCGGGCGGCGACAGCGAGGACGACGACGACAGCGACGCCUCGGACAGCGAGGACGACGACGACGACAGCUGGCAGUGACGGCGACCCCGCGCUUGACUGACGUGGCGCGUCCGGGGGGGGAGGUGUGCGUGCCCGCUGCGUCGUCGUCCGUGCGUUCUCGAAAACUCUCCAACCUCCAAUUUAGGGGAAAAAAAAAAAGUUGUUUUUUUUUUUUUUAAUUAUUAUUAUUAUUACCAUCAUCGCCAUCGCCAGGCUUCUGCUCCUUCCAGGCGUUAAGCACCUUUUCACAGGCAGGUGGCGCUUUUUUUUUUGCACUCUCGGGUUUUUUUUGGGGGGGGGGGCAAUGCAUUUUUGACAAUCAAAACCAUAUACUGUAUAUAAAUAUUGUACAUAUGCAGGGUAUCGUUACUCCUUCAGUCCCGUUGCGCCUCCUCCUCCUACAGUUCCUGUUAUGUUUAUAUUCGUGUUCAUGACUUAUUAUUAUUAUUAUUACUGUAUUAUCUCCAGCGUGUUCAGUUUCCUGUUUAGUUCAACCAAUAGGACGGCUGCUUUUUUUGUUGUUACUGUGAAGGGGGGUCAGGCGUGCAAUAGAUGGAGCGCAAUACAUGAAAAAAAAAAACACGUUUCACUGGAUUAUUAAUUUUUUUUCACCUUAUGCGGGGACUGCGGGUCGCUUCUCCAACCCAGCCGAGGGUCCUUUUCCGUGGCUUGCGAGUCACCGACGACCCCCCCCCCUUAUUUUGUGAAUAUUUAUUGAUUUGACAUAUUAUUUGACAUUUGCAUGAUUUAAUACCUUUUUUUUUUUUUUUUU